UGAGUAACUGGGAGUCGCAACCGGGGGACCCACUCAGUCACCACGAGAUCGGCAAGCCGAAUGGUCAACCGCGCCGCCGGUGCUUCUUCUUCCUCUCGGAGCGUCCGCAAGCAGUCGAAGGGAGCAAUCGGCGAGGGCCCUCGGAUGUCAUCUCGGGCGCGACGGUCCACCUCGAUCCGAUCGCGCGAAUCGCGCACAGGUGGACGGCCGGUUGUUGCUGCUGUUGCUGCUGCUGCUGCUGCUGCUGCUGCUGCUGCUGCUGCUGUUAUUGUUGUUGCCGCGUCGCGUCGCGCCGGUCUCCCGACGGAGAGCAGGCGGCCCGGUCGGACCGCGCGGGGUCUGAGUCUCGUGAGCACACGGACGAUGUGGAGAUUCCUGGUGCGCUGUUAUGUCACUCUGACGUCCAUCUGACGCGCAGCAGUUUGCCACACCGCCGGUGCGCACGGUGUCUCUUUCUCUCCUCCCUCCUCCUUCCUCUCUGUCUCUCCCGCACGCUCUCGAGCGCGUCUCCCCGCGACGUAUACUCCGCUGUUCGUGAUACUCGGCUGUUGGGUGUCAGCGGCGACUCCGGACGAGCGGACGGACGACGGUCGCCUUCUUCUGCGGCGGCCUUAGCCGGGUGAGCCGGGAGAGGCCGAUCUACGAGGCGGUGGGAUCGCGCGAGCGAGCGAGAGUGGAUGCGAGCGGAAGCUGUCGCCCGGAGCAGCCGAGGACUCUCCUGCAGGAGGACGAGGAAGAGAUGAUCUUCGAGCUGCUGGUGGCCGGAGCGUUCGCCCUCGCCACACUAAGGCGACUCGGUGGCACAGACGGUCACUCUCACGAGUUUCGCCUUCUUCCUGAGCUCGGGGCUGAAUCCGGCUUCGGGAGCGCCGGCCUGCAGUCUCCGACUCGCGGCCAAUUCCUACAACAUGGAGCCCUGGUCGCAACCCUGCGGCACCCCGGUGGUGGCGACGCUCAAGAGGAUGCCGCAGCGGCACAGCGUGCACAGGACGCUCAAGAGGGUGAAGACGCAGCUGCGCGUCGCGCAGAAUCACUUCAGGAAGGAUCUCAAGGACAUGCACGAGAUUUACUCCAAGGUGUACAAAGUGCUGAAGGAGCAGUACAAAAUGAAUUGGCUGCCCGAGAAGCAGCUCGAGUGGUAUCACAAGGAGCUCUGGUGCCUGGAAAAGGGGAAGAAGGCCGAGCGCGCCUUGCCGCGCUUGCACGACGCGCUGCAGAGGUUCGCCAUCACGUUCCACCACCUGCGGGACUACCAACUCAAGUCGCACAUCAACGUCGACCUCACCAUGGACAGACGGAACGAGAUCGUCGAGGGGAUGUACAACGAGAUCCUGCGGAUGCUGUGCGAGGUCGAGACCGCCAUUCUGAACCUGAGCUUGCAGCUUCCCACCCCGCACAAGGCGCAUAUCGUGACGGAGAGCCCCAACUGGGCCAACGAGGGCGACCUGACGCUGAUGCUGAUUCAGGACUGGGGCGUGCUGCGACUCUAUCAGAUUUUCCUCAACGACUGGACCAGGGCGUUCCGUAACGCCACCGCGACCGGGCCCGGCACCUGCGAUCCCAGCACCAUCAAGCCGCUCAACUCCGUCAAGAAGAGCGUCAAGAAGAGAGUCGGCGAGAAGAACGGCAAAAGAGCGUCGCCGAAGAAGAAGCAGAGCAGAUCCUCGAGGAAGCACGGCCUCGCGCCUGGCCGGAACAGUUCCUUGGCGCAGCGGCCGCCGCGAAAGGGACCGCCGCGGAACAGACUGAUGAGGAACAAGCAGAAGAAGCCCUUGUUGUUGUUCGCGGACUGAGAGGUGCGUCUCACACGGGCACCGACGAGAUCUGCCGAAUUUUCUAGCUCUGUACAGCGUCGACUCGCACGUACCACGUCUCACACACACACACACAUACACACACACACACACGUAUACGUAAAGCCUCGUAUUUAUAUCCAUUAUCGCGACCUACCAUCCGUUCAGUAGACUCGCAGGUUCGCCGAUCAGCAAUCGUGCCCGACGCUGUGUUGUUGUUGUUGUUAAGAUUAAGAAGCGGCGGUAGCGUCUCCGCGACACAACCGCGCCUUGUGAAUAAUUAAUUUAAUGGCUCUUGAGAUUCUUUCCACACACACACACACACACACACACGCGCGCGCGCGCGCGUGCGCGCGUGAAACAGUCAGGUCGGCCCGACUGGCGGCAAUAGAAGUAUCCUUAAUGGACAAUAAACUAGAAACCAGUAUUAAGAGAUUUACUUCUGAACAGUAUUAUAUCGAGUAACAUAUGCAUAGUGCCGAGCAAAGAGCGAGUAGUACGUUGAUGAACACGUUACGAGGAUGCGAUCGGUGUUACCGUUUAUAGGCGGGAAUAUUGGGUUGUUCGACGAGAGCAAAGUAGGGAUCUUUGCGAGUAACCCCAUAGGCCAGGCGCGUAACUUUCUUCCCUUCUUCGUCUUCUGCAAUUGAAAAAAUUAAAUUGAAAAAAUGGCCCAUAUAUUAGCCAACCAAAAUUACGAUCGAUUAGAGUAAGAUCAUCGGCUUUGAAUUCUUUGCGAAAGUCCCUGCGAACUUUUCGAACAACUCGAUACGUAGACUGUGUCUUUUUAUGAGACCUUUGAAAGUGAGAUGUAAAGGACAGCUAUGUUCUCUCACAGGCAUACCGUCUUCAUCUAGCUUUCUUCGGUGAGAAUGAAGCUAGAAAGAGUGAAUGUGUCAGCGACGCAGACUGUCCUUCUCUAGAGCGCUCAGUAUAUGCAAACAUGGAUUUUCUCCUCGGAAAACACGACACACGCCUGUCGGAGGACGACAGAGAGAGAGAGAGAGAGAGAGAG